AUGACAAUUGUAAAAGUAUCUAGAAGAAAACAUCAACAUAAAAGAAGACAAGUUGGUAAUCCAAUUAUUGCCAUUAUAGAUUUAAUAUCAUUAUUAAUUGGAAGUUAUGGAAUUUAUAUGAAUAUAAUGAAAACUCAAUUACCUGAAUAUUUUGCUAAUGCAGGACAUUGGCAAUUCUUAACUAAUUUAGCAUUAGUGUAUUCAUUAAUUGUGUUUUUAUUAGGUUUCAUUGCUCAUUUGAUUAAAUCAAAUUGGUUAUUUGAAUUAAAGAAUAAUUUUCAUCCAAUUGGUUUAGCCCUUGAAACAAUUGUUACAAUUAUAUAUUGGCCAUUAAGACUUUUCUUUUUACCUUUGUUAGCUCAUGAUCCUGAUGUAUUUCAUUUACCAUUGCUGACAGAUUUAUCUAUUCAUUUAAUGCCGGUUAUAUCUUUAUUAAUUGAUUAUUUAAUAUUUAUGCCUCGAUGGAAAAUUAAGAAUCAUACUGCCGCUAUUCUUGUUGUUAAUUUAACAGUUAUGUAUUGGUAUUUAUUAGAAUAUUUGGUUGAUAUUGAAAAUGGUGCUAAAUAUCCUUAUGCAUUUAUGGAUGUUGAUAGUGUUUAUCAUAGAAUGAUUAUCUUUAGUGUUAUUGCUUUGAUAGCAUUCUUACAAUUCUUAUUCUUAAGAAAAGUUUAUGAUUGGAUAGUGGAAACAACUGAAGAAAUUGACUCAGCGAUUGAUCGAAAAUUCCCCGAGAAAGAUGAUUAG